AUGGGGUUCUCAUCCCGUUUCCUCCGCAUUCCGCGGCCAGAGACCUUUCUCUAUGUGAUGAGCCUGGAGACAGGCGCGUCUCUCAUCACCCUCUCGCUACUACUGAACAAGAUUAGUGGCCUCUAUGGCCUGCUUGCCCUUCUGACCGGCUAUCACCUCUCCCCUGUACAGCUUUCUAUGUACCUGUACUCCCUCGUCGCCCUCGCCCUCGCUGCUUUACUCUUCCCACACAUCCGCAAACAGUCGCCUCUCGAGUGUCUCGGUCUCGCCUGGCUCUAUCUCUUGGAUAGUCUCAUCAACGCCGCCUACACCGCUGCCUUUGGUGUCACUUGGUUCUUGGUCGUGUCGCAAAAUAUGGACGGUGGCAAGAUCUCCGGUCCUGGCAGCGAGACCAUCGCGCAAACGGCCGGUUUCACCAGCCCCAAGUACGAUGCGGCCUAUGUCGAGAUCCAGCACACCAGUGAGGGUAACGAAUUCGUCGCACACCCUCCUCGCAGUGCUGAACAUCUCAGCAACGCCGUCUCUCAGCCAGAGAGCUUCCAGAGCAUCAUCUUCAUCGCCCUUCUCUGGGCCAUGCGUGUCUACUUUGUCCUGGUGAUGCUCGCCUUCGCCCGCCAAACUCUCCGUCUCUGGCUCGCCGUUCCCAAGCACACUUCGCUCCCAACCCACAGCCGCAAUGUCUCGAUCGCAAGUGUGGCCGACAUUGACCGUGAACCCUUUUCUGCCUACAGCCCCGAUGGACAAGGUUGGAAAGGAAAGCUUGGCCGCAUCAUGGUCGGCAUUGGCCACAGCUAUUGGCUGGGUGAAGAAGAGGAUGGAAACUGGCUCAGUGGCAUCAACCAAAAGUUCCGCAGUCGUAGCAGCAACGUCGAACUACCUGGACCUCUGGAACGUGAGCGCAGACGCCGCUCAGGCACCGGCCCCCCACAACCGUCCCAAUCGGUUGUCCGAUCUGGUCUCAUGCAACAGCCAAUUCACGAACACCCGGGAACCAACGUUAAGAUGCAGGACUGGGGCGAGACUCGGUAA